AUGCAGGUCCUCGGUCUGUCUCGCCUCAAAUUUGACACAAGAAUCAACAAUCCUGUUGUGUUUUUGAGUGCAUGUGGGCAUGGUUGCGCAGUCACCUGGACACAAGCUCUGCAACUACAGGUCGGAGGGGAAGCAGCCGAUUCUGCACUUUUCUCUUCUUUCUCUUUCUCCUCUUCCAACCGCCCGGUUGAUGCCAGCAAAAGUAUUGUCUCUGCCCGGGAGAUCAGCCAACCGAGCCGUCACCCAGUCCCAUCAUCCGGCCUUUGUUGGGCAACCCGAUCAACCAGCCAGCCGACAGAAUAG